AUGGCUUUCCGACCGCGCGUCAUCAAGCAGAACAGAGGCUCGUCAGGCGAGGGCAUCUGGAUCAUCAAGUUGAAGGCUGGCAACUACUGCAAGUCCUACGGAGAAAGGUCUUGCACAGACGACGAGGUGUUGGAUUUGAUGGAGGCGAACGACAACCAUGCUGAAGAGCACACCGUUGCGGAGUUCAUCGAGUUCUGUGUGAGCGGCCGCACAUCCAAGUCUGGAACUUGGACAUCUAAGGGCGUCGGCAAGUACUUGGAGGGUGGUAAGGCGGCAGGAGGGCAGCUCGUAGAUCAACGCUUUUGCCCACGCAUUGUGGAAGGUGAGCUGCGCUACAACAUGGUGGGCGAUGCACUUGUGGGGAUUAUCCACAAGAAGCCCAAGGAGGGCGGAAUCUCAGCAGUGGGGGGCACAGGAUCUAUAUACACCUUCUACGGCCCGGAGGAGCCUAAGUUCAAGAGCCUGACGGAUAAUUUCCUGAAGAGGGACCUGGAUCAUGUGAUGCCGUCCUUGGGUCUGGCGGACGAACCCAUCCCGCUGUGGUGGACGACGGACUUCAUCCUUGCUUCGCCCGAGGGCACGCCUGCGGACCAGGAGAAGUGGAUCGUGGGGGAGUUCAACUGCUCCUGCGUCGGCAUUUCCAGAUGCCUGGCGGCGUACUGCAAGGACGACACUCCCAAUGCCUGCUACACCGACAUAUCGCCGGAAGAUCUGAGGGAGGAGGCAGAGCGCUACGGGACGCUGAUGGGUCAGAAGGCUUUUGGUAUCCUGGAGCAGGCAGCAAACCCAGUUGAUGUUUCCAGCUUACAGAAGGUUGCCACGGACAAGCUCGGGCUGCUUCGGCAGCCUGCCAGCCCGAGCUUUAAGACUGCACUGGCCCAGAUCUACGUGCGCAGCCAGCCGUACGGUGGUUCCGACAAGAGCUCAAACGGCCACCGAUACGACUCCAUCCCCUUUGCCAACGGCAUGAUCAACGCAGGCAUGAGUUGCCAGCUGAUUCAUUACGUGCAUGAAGAUCACUACAAAUUUUUUGAG